CAUGCACUUGUGAGUUUUUCAAAGACCUCAAAUAGCACUCGGCCUUCGGACUCGUGCUAUUUUGAGGUCUUUGAAACAUUCACUUGUGCAUGUUAUAUCCAAAUUGCACUCGAAACCAGGCUAUUACCUAUACAAACAAAAACAAUAGAAUGAUGUCCAAUACCAGACAUUCCAACUCUCCCGAUUUUACCGGGAGUUUCCCGAAAAUUCAUGCAAUCUCCUGGUCUCCCGAUUUAUAUCAAAUUCUCCCGAUUUUUCAGAAUAUUCAGUAAAUGUCGUUAAAAUAAAAAACAUACUGUUUUUAGGCAACAUUAUUAAUAGCCUGUCUUGACCUUUUUAUGAAGUUACUUUGUGGCAAUUUAUAGGAUCAUGCACUUAUAACAACAUAUUCCCAAAAUGCAGGAAACGCACCAUUCCAGAAGACUUAAUUUUUAUUAUUUUUUCCCAGAAGAACUAGAUUUCAUUCACUGAACAGUCUCCCUAAAUUUUACCUCCAGUAGUUGGAAUGUCUGCCAAUACCUCCAUCUUGACUUCACUUUUUUGAAUUCCAAAUGUAUACAAAGUUCACUGGUUGGCUCAGCGAGAAACAACUGUGGCCCAGCAAAGCAAGCCUGUUUGGUUCUCAUGUAAUCACAAAUUUGAAACAAGAGGUAAUACAGUAAAUGUAGAAAGCAGAUCAAUCACUUAAACGAGUAGCCUGCAUAUUAAUUAAAAUUGGCGGCAAUGAAAAAUAUAUGGAAAACCGGCAGAUGGUUUUUCACACCUGCUAAUUCUUACCGCCUUAAUAUUUCCCACUCACAAGUCCUCCCCCAAUAGCGGCUGCUAUGCACCUCUACUAAACUGGCCAACUCAAUUAAUGGGGCCGUUGCGGACCAACUUGUUCCAUGUGAUUGACCAAAUACCAAUCAAUACAAACCAAUGAUUGUUGAUACUGAUCAAAUAUCAAUGUCUCCUCUAUCAGUUUGAUAUGUUGAUGAUCAAUUCAUUCAUUGAUUGAUGGUGGGUGUGGGGGUGUACAACAAUCGGGGGAUUCAUAACGGACUCAGCAAAUGUCAGCUAGAUUCUGCAAAUACUGUAGGUGGAUUUAUCGGCAAAUUGUUUUACGUAGUCAGCGAAAAUAUUUGAAUGGCUCAAAAUAAAAAAAAUUGGUAAAAGUACGGAAAAAGUUAACAAUUUUAUAGAUGAUAAGUUCGGAAAAAUUUCCAUAUGUCCGGAAAAAUGAUACGUCCUUUCCGGACGUAUUGUCAAAUUCAUCAAAUUUUCUACCCCCCCCCCCCCUCGCCAAGAAUUUUGGGGAAAAAUAUUAAUUAUUGACUGAAAUGUUGUCGACAAAUGUGAUACUACCCCCCUUUAUCCUCUUCCCUACAGAGUACAGCCCUGCAUGCCUUUACCUGUUCUUCAAGUUAACCAUGAUCCAGGGAACGAAACGAUAACGGUAACCAUUCCAGCGCUCUACCAGCUUCUUCAACCAUCCUGACAUACCAUGCCUUCUUCAAUUUUCAACUAAUCAUACAAACCUCUCAUUCCUGUUUGAUUUUCAACAACACCACAUCAUAGAGACAUGCUGAAGUUCUGAAGUUGAUUUUCUUUCGAGCCCGCAAUACAUCAGCGGAUUGCAAUCAACAUGUUGGAAAUUCGUGGUGUAAUAUUCGUGUUAUAAACUAAAUCAAUUUUCAAUCGAAGGAUUGUCGAAUUUUUAAUAAAAUUUGAACACAUUUCGGUAUAUUGUAUCGAAGGAGAGUUGUCAAAAUGCCUAAAGAGAGAGUAAAGAAAAAAUCGAGACAACAUGGGCAAGUUACAAGUCAAGGUUUGUUUCAUUUAUAUGGCUGGAUAUUUCACGUACUGAUUUGACUCAUUUGAAUGUUAUCAAAUCUGAUUCAGUAUUUCUCCAUUGAAUCCGAGCUCGUGUACUUAUCGAUUUUACGUCUUCAUAUUUGGCAGAAAUUGAGCCCAGGAUUGAAAUCUUCAUGCUCAAAUUAGUCUAUACCGAAAAUUUGAUGAUGUGUGGACGCGAGUUUAUACCCGAGCAUGAAGAUUUCAAUUCUGGGGUCCAAUUUUGGCAAAGAUCUGUAGAUAGUGAAAUGAAAAUUUGAUGACGUCAACUCGGAUUGGAAGAUUCAGAAUGUGUAUUGCCACUAAACCUGGCAUAUUUAAUCAACGAGAAUCAGUAAAAAGUUUAAUAUGAGGCUCACCAAGGGGUUAUGACCGACAGGCGACAUUCCUUAAAAAGAGGCGACAGACUAUCUAAAAAAGAGCGACAAACGACAGCUUCUGACUGGGAAAAAGUGACAAAUUGUGAUUUGUGUUAUGGGUCAAAAGUAACAGUGACAUUUAUUACAAUAAAACAACCGACAAAGCAGCUGCAAAAUGAGUGACAAGCGACCUGGGUUACACCCUUGGUGGGCCUCUUUAAUCGAAGUCAAUGAAUCGAUUAAGAUGCUGUCAAGAAAUAGAUCUUGCCCCUGUUUGCUUUAUUCCCCCCCCCCCCCCCACACCUUAUUAAUGUCUUAUGGAUAUAAUAAAUGUAUUCCAAUAAAUGUAUAUAAAUUUCCACUCGAUAGUUUCCAUCUACAAUACCCUUCAAUUAUUAUUGAACAAGUGAGAUGCCAACAAAAUCUUGACAUUUAUACCCAUAACCUAACAUGGCAGUAGUACCCUAAUAUAUAUAUAUUACAUGAACUUCACCACCAGAAUCAACACCAGAAUCACAGGGCUGUAGGUUCGAUUCCUGCCAAGGACCUAAAGUUGCAUUUUUGGCUUCUGUUCCUGGUUAGGUUUAAUAAAUGUAUAUAAAUUUCCACUCGAUAAUUGUAAUCGAAUAAGUAUGUGUAAAGUGGGUGCAUUUUAAAUUUUGCCAUAAACUAAGUGAAGAGGAAUUGUAGCAUCAGUAGUAAUUUUCAUAUGCCAGAAAAUUAGGGGUGCACCGGAUUUGGAAUUUUCAAAUCCGGCCGGAACCGGAUUUACCGGAUUUGGACAAAAAUUCCGGCCGGAAUUCCAGCAGGAUUUGCCGGAUUUGAGAUAAACCGGUAAUGGGGAUAAAUUGGGAUAAUUCAGUAUUCAAAAUGGCGGUUUAUGGUUUUUACUAUUUUUAGUUAGUGUCAGUUUAGAUUUUUUAUUGUGUUUAAUUUAAACCUUUUUUAAAUAUCUUAAGCUGCCAAAUUGAUGGUUUAAGGUGAAAACAGAAAUUUGAAUCCGGCCGGAUACCUGAAAAUUUGUUAAAUCUGGCCGGAAUUCCGGCCGGAUUUGAAAUCAGGUGCACCCCUACAGAAAAUGAAUCAUACACAACAAAUCGCAAUGUGUAAACGCACCUUUAUUCAACCAAUCUUUAUAUCACAAUAUUUCGCUUAUCAUAUGAACUUAAUGUCUGUUUUUUAAUUUCUCAGGAAUUCAGUUUAAAACUGAUCUUGGUCAGCACAUAUUGAAGAACCCACUGGUUGUGAAUAGUUUGGUAGAAAAGGUACUAGAAAUUUGUACUAGUGACUAAUUUUUAAAAACAGUUUCACUAAUUAAAAUAUUUUAAUAAACUGUAUGUUGAAUGUGUUUAGGCAGGACUGAGGUCAACAGAUACAGUUCUUGAAAUUGGUCCUGGUACUGGGAACAUGACUGUGAAACUUUUAGAGAAAGUUAAAAAGGUUUGAGAAAUAUUUCAUAACAUUUUCAAAAAUUGGUGCAUGCAAGGUAUGAUCAACCAAUGAAGAUGAAGCAUGUGGUUGAUCAACCAAGUCACACUGUAGGAAACUUAUGUAAACUACUAUUAACUGUACUAUCCUAAUCACUAGAAAAAAAUAGUGAAAUUCAUACUAUGGAAUUUGCGAUUGCAUCACUAAAUCCAUAGUAUAUCCAUACUAUUUCCAUAGUAUAUCCAUACUAUUUCCAUAGUAUAUCCAUACUAUUUCCAUAGUAUUUCCAUACUAUUUCCAUAGUAUAUCCAUCCUAUUCCAUAGUAUGGAAAUUGCAAUUAGUAUGAAAAUUGGAUUUUUUCAUACAAUUUUUAACUAAUAUCAAUACUAUUUCCAUAGUAACUUAGUAAGGAUUUUGAAAACAAUUUCCAGUGAAUGUCACAGCAACAAGGUUACAUUUUCAAAACUUCCUAAACAAUCCUGGCUGUGAUUAGUUCAAUUGUACGUUUUGCCCUAUGUUUUAGCCAUGUGUUCAUCAUCUCAACUUACAGUUCAAUUUAAUAAGUUCUUUGUAAUUUUGGAUAGUGAUACUACAGUAACUUCGGUUUACACUAUAAACUUCGGUUUGUGGAAACACCACGUAAAUUUAUUAUUGCAAAACUUUCAAUUUGUAAGCCCGGAUCUUCAUCAGUGCUAUAAUAAUGAAAUAAUAAAUACACGUAGUAUUUUCACAAACUGGUUGCGUAUUACAAGCAGCAGCAGUAGUUAAGUAAUUGAACUACGUUACGCGGUUUUCUCUGAUAAAAAUGUUGGUUGUGAUCUUGCUGGUGGAAAGGACGUUGUUGUUGGAUUAGAUAACAUCACAAAGCCAGCGCUGAUUAAUUACCCAGCAUCCUUUGUCCGGACGCCAGCGUAUAAAAGCUUUUGACGUAAUAAUGGACAUUGUCAUAAUUGGCUGACUGCGAGAGAUAUUACGUUGCGUCUCUCACAGUCAAAUCAGGUAAAAUUCCUACAUUUGUUUAAAAUGGCGAGUGGUGAAAAGGACAAUAUUGUGUCAAUGGUUAAAUCCCACUUAAGAAGCGUUGAAAUGUGACUGAGGAGAAGAACAAACACUUUGUUCAAGAACUGCUUAAAGCAAAAAAUCUUUGACGAUCAGAAAAAACUUGAUUCUCUCAUUGAAAGCACGAAGAAGAAAAUGGUAAUUGGAGAUGGAAACCUCAAUAAAAUGAUUCCACGAACACCUUGUAAAGCCACAUAGACUGCUAGUGAUCUACAAGAGUAUAAUAUACUAAUAAUUUUACAAACGCGUUGUGAGGUUAAUAUGAAAUGACAUCAUAAAGCGCACGCUAAGUAAUUACCCAUCAUCCUUUGUCCCGAUGCCAGCGUAUAACUAUAGUUUGACGUAAUAAUGGACGUUGUCAUAAUUGGCUGACUGCGAGAGAUAUUACGUUGUCUGUCACAGUCAAAUCAGGUAGCAUUCCUUAAUUUGUUUAAAAUGGCGAGUGGUGAGGAGGACAAUGUGUCGAUGCCGAUGGUCCAACUUUAAACGAAGCAUUGAAAUGUGAAGAAAAGAACAGAAUCACUUCACAAUGUAACAUUAGAUAUUUCAUUGUAUUAAAAAGUGCAACAUAUUAAAUCUCUAGUUUAUGCCUUGCAUUUUUGCGCGAAUUCAAAUUGCUUUCCCAUUGCUAUGCAACUAGUAACUAUAAUUGACUGCUUGCUUGCUUACGCGCACGUUAACUUUUGACCUAAUUGCAUAUAGUGUAUAUUGGAUGUAAAUGGCUAUAGUCGUUAUCGAUAUUGAUCUUCGUUUAUUAGAGCUGAAUGUAUCUCUGGCAGGAAUGAAACGUCUUAUAUAUACCAAAUAAAUCUAUACUUGAUAGCACUAUUCCUGAUCAUGAAGAUACAACAGAUACCUGCCUGGUUUCGCUGAUGAAACGAGCGAAGAAAUUGGCGAUCACCUGAAGAACUAGACAAGUAGUUUCAAACCUAAUGUUCGUUAUGUUUGGAAUGAAAAAGUUUGAACUGUAGACAAACAUGCAAUCAUAAUUGUUGUAAAGUUCAGCCGAAGGCUUCGUUUCCUUAAAUAAUCUUACAGAAUGGCCAAGACAAAAGAAUGAGGAAGUUUCAGUGAACAUCGAAAUUUGGUGCGAAGAAACACCGGGUUAACGUUCAGACGUUCUCUUGUUCCAAGUAUUUAAAUUUAAAAUACUGCUUUCGAUUUUCAGUAUAUACAUGCAAUUUUAUUCAGACCGGUUCAAUAACAUUGAAAAGAGCGAUAUUAACAAUUAUUACAAGUAGAGAGAAAGAGAAUUUACGGAAGUCAAUUGCUUAUUUUAGCGGUAUAGAGGUCGACUUGGAGUGUACAGAGAUGAGUCCUGCAGUAUUCAAAUGUUGGAAGGAAAGGCGAAUAUUGAUAAAGUUGUGACGAUUUCUGCAACGACAAAACCCUGUAUGUGAUGCUACAACAGCCAAAUAGCUUUUUGCCAUGUUUGUUAGAGAGACGACAAGGAACCUGCUUACAUUAACUGAACUACUGUAUAAACGACGUCAAAAAAUUGAGAAAAUCUGAAUCUUUGCUCAUAAAUUUGAGUAAUUUUACUCGACAUUUUGAGUCACUGUAACUCUGUAAGUGCAUUAUUUUACUCCAGUUUUUGGGCCAAAUACUCAGGGACUUUUUGCAGUGAGCUGAACAGGAAACCUCUUAAAGUGAGGGUAGUAUACCAGCAUAGUCCGUCAUAUAGUGCUGGAAUCUUAGACGUAUAGUGCAUCUUAGCUGUGCUGUGAAAGAAUAUAUAGCUACCUGAAAAAUACAAAACUUUGACAUUUCGAGCGAAGGCCUGACGGUCAAUGUUGCAAUGAAAUGGUCAAACUAAAGGAACGCAUAUAAACAAGCAGAUUGGGUUUUAUUUUGAACCAUGACGCAAAGAUGCUAUUUUAACAUCCAGGAUGAACCCAAAGUAACGUGAAUCGGUGGUAUCAGUUCUCAAAACGUGGAAUUGGGACUGGAAAAGGACUGGAAUAGAUUUAAACUCUUGCAAUCCGCCCCAAUCCUUAUCUUCAUCUCGGAGUGGAACUCACGACUAUAGGAUUUGAAAUCCGAUGUAUAGUUUAUAUUCGCCAAUAAUUAAAGGAAUUCGGCAAAAGUUUCCCCUUUGUCAUACUAUCCACUUUGUAGUGGAGAUAUUUUCUCUUCCGGGCAAAUAUUUUCUGUGUUUUGUUAAAUUUUGUAGUGCAGGAAAAUGUUCCAGGGGUAAGCUCUACACUGGAUACUAAUUCCGUACGACUGUAUAUACCCGAGAUAUAAUGUGAAGUUAAGACUUAAAGAGUAAUUUUGCAAUAUCUCUUACUGUCGUUCCAAUUGAAGUGUUGCUUAAAUAUUGAUUCAAUACAUUACCUCGGGCUGACCAAUUCAUUUGAUCAAGUUCCUCGAGAUAUUCAUACACUUCCUGUGAAAGAGCCAAUUCCAAGUAUUUGAUCAUUUCUGGUCACUUCCUUUCUAUUUAUGAUCGGUUAGUUGCACAAACAACAAAGGUGAUUGGUGCAUUCAAACUAUUCAACAGGAAGUUUACAAUUAUACUAGGAAGUGUAUGAAUAUCUCGAGGAACUUGAUGAAAUGAAUUGGUCAGCCCGAGGUAAUGUAUUGAAUCAAUAUUUGAGCAACACUUCAAUUGGAACGACAGUAAAUGGUUUUGGUGUUUCUUACAAUCUUACCAGGUAAUUGCAUGUGAAGUUGACCCCAGAUUGGUCGCAGAAUUGAAGAAGAGAGUGCAAGGAAUGUGAGUUGAUAUGUUUUCCUUUUGUAUUCAAGAUAUUUUAACUAAGCAAUGUAGAUAUUUUUUCUGUGUUGGUGUAAUGUACUCAGGUGAAUAUGAUGCUUGUGAUGUUACUCUGGGUGUAUAUCCACACCGGGCAAGCUUGAAAAAUAUGCCUGACCACGGUGGUCAGGCAUAUUUUUCAAGCUUGCCCGGUGUGGAUAUACACCCAGAGUAACAUCACAAGCAUCAAUGUAGAUAUGCAGUAAAAUUGGCAAUGAUUUGUUGAGGAAUACAUUUGCAAUUUGGGGUGUCGGAAUGGAGUCAAAUCACCUACUAAAAGUUAAUUUCUGAUUGUCCAAACCAGAAACAGAAUUUAGGGUCUCUGCAUGUCGGAACAUUCAGAAGUUAAUUUUCCACCAUGAAUUUUGGACAUCCUAACUUACUAUUCCUACAGUAGCUACAUGCACUAUAACGAGGACAACAAGCAAUAUUCACGUAAAAAUUAAAGGAAUGAAGAGCGUGUAAUGUUCUUAGAGUGAAGUGUAUUUAAAGGUGCUGCGCACAAUAUUUAUCUUAAUUUAUAAUUUUAGGCCAUAUGCCUCGAAACUUCAAGUGAUUGUUGGAGAUGUUCUCAAAGCAGAUCUUCCGUAUUUUGAUGUUUGCGUUGCUAAUCUUCCGUAUCAAGUACGUUCUUUAUUGUUAGUGUUCAAUUGUUCUGACAUGACCAGUCCUAACAGUUCUUCAGUAUUAAAUGAGUGGAAGCGUUUCUUUUACAGUAUAGAGUAUCUCAAUUAGUCCAUUUCAUACAGAGAAAUUAUGUUUCCAGACCAGGAAAAAAGUGGGACCUCGGGAUCCUGGGUCCUGUCGGUCCGGAGAAGCAUUUGUCUUAGCAAGAAGAUUCAAGAACAUUUUCAAUUUUUCGCACAUACGUUAAGGGAGAAUCCUGUCAUUUGGCGCAUACAAUUAGUAUCAUACAGCACUUCCUUAUAUGGCUUAAUGCGGUCAAAUUUUCCAUUGCUUUUACGCACUUUUGAGGAAGAUUUGAAAAAGGUAAAUUCCAGAUCCGGGAAACAUUGAACACUUUUCCCAAGUCUGAAUGCUUACGGUGGAUGGUGUAGAUUAAGUAAACUGAAUUUCUCUAUUUUUUAGAUUUCAUCGCCGUUUGUUUUUAAACUACUUCUACACAGACCAUUUUUCAGGUGAAUAUACAGUUUUCGAUAUGCUGCGAUGAAUACUCAAGCCCAGCAUACAUGUAUAUUAUAUUUUAAUCGGUAUUGUAGAAAGUAGUACAACUUUUAAGUUAACAACCAAACGAUAAACAACAAGUUCAUUUUUUAUAUAAAGUGGCUUCUGUUUAGAACUUUAUAAUAAACUGUAAUGUUCAUUACACGAAUUUCUAUGCCACCUGGUAAAUCACUGACUGAUGCUUUAAAGCCGUUUCUUAAGCCCUGUUUAAACGGAUCCAACAUUGUUGGGCCAACAUCAUCCAACAUUGUUGAAAUAAUGGCUCAAACGGCUUCUUUUUCAAAUAUUUUGUCAAGACUAGAUUUAGGGUUUGAGUAAAGCUUAUCUAACCAAAAAGAUUUGAAAGAGAAGCAGUCAUAUCUAGUAUAGUAACAUUGUUGGAUGAUGUUGGUCCAACAAUGUUGGAUCCGUUUAAACAGGCCUUUAUAAUCUAGCAGGAUGAAGUGAACCAACUUGAACAUGCGCUCUAGCUUUUUCGGCGUGCACAUGACGUGACUCAAUUGCCCUCAUUGUUUUAAUGAAUAUUUCUACAUGUGCUGUUUCGAUGUUUCAAAGCUCUAUAAUAUUGUUUCAGAUGUGCUGUUCUGAUGUUUCAAAGGGAGUUUGCUCAGAGAUUGGUGGCGAAACCGGGAGAUAAAUUAUAUUGUAGAUUGUCUAUUAAUACACAACUGUUGGCGAGGGUCGAUCAUUUAAUGAAGGUAUGUUAUUUUCAAAUCGUUGAUGCAGUUCAUGCUGGCGUAUUUUAGAUAGAGUACACACUUUCGCAAAGUAUUUAAAUAUAUUUAAUGAAGAUAGUUGCUUCAGUUAAAAAAUUCAGAUCCUACAGGCUAUGCUAAGGUUGCCAAAUAUUCAGACCCUUUUUGCUGCAAAUUUCCAGUUAAAUCUUUCUUGCCGAAUUUCAUGCAACUAUCCCUACCGCGCUUCACUUCCGUUGUGGAAAGGACUUUUGUCACUUGCAGCGCGACAAAUAUCACCGGUGGAAAAAUCCACCGGUGACGUCAUUGUUCACAUUGAAGGCCGAAGCGGUUUACAUUAUUGGUCAUUAUCGAAGGAGUCUAAAAUUCUCAGGCAUUUUUGUUGAACAAAUGUGUAUUAUUGAAGCAAACAGAGUAAACAAUGUAAAUACAGUUUUGUAGAACACAAAACCAUGUGAAAAUACACAAACAAACAUUACAUUGAGUAUAAAGUACAGGGUGUAGAAAUAAACUUUAAUACUGUCACCGGACACCGAAGAUGCAUCUGAUAAAAUUUCCUCAGUAGUUUAGGGUUUAGUUUGGGUUUCUUGAUCUCGAUUACUGAUUACUACAAAUUCGUUCGUUGAGAAAACAACGCGUAUAGGAUUUACUGGAUUUUGAACUCUAGCGACGUCUUCUCGUUGAUCACAAUCGCCUCCUCUCUGCUUCUUGGUUACAGUUGUCUGAUUCUUUUCAAUUAUAUUAAUUUCUACUACGUUAAAUCGCUCGCGAACUUAAUCAACUUUCUUUAUGCCUGGUUCACACUGGUCGUAAGAAUCUGGGAUUUCCAUUGUCUCUGGUCAUUGGUGUGUAAAAUGCUUUGUCUGUCGGAAAAGAAUACAAUAGAUCGCCGAUGAAUUACGACCAAUGUGAACCAGGUUUUAAUAAUUAAUUAAUUACUAUUCUUGUCGACACAAUUACGGCACACAUUGUUAGACAAACAACUGUCCAGAUUCAAUAAGUUUUUACAUGAUGUUUGUGAUGUUACUCUGAGUGUAUAUCCACACCGGGCAAGCUGAAACGUUAGCUUGGCCACUGUGGGAAUCGAACCCGCGACCUUUGGGAUACUAGUCCAAUGCUCUGCCAACUGAGCUACGUGGUCAAAACCAGUCGUCGCUCGGGUCGCGCGCUCCCUCCCCCGUGGUCGACUUCUGGCAAGUCUAACUGAUUACUUUAAAUUCAAUAUCUAGGUUGGUAAAAAUAAUUUCCGGCCUCCACCAAAAGUUGAAUCAAGUGUUGUCAGAAUUGAACCAAGAAAUCCACCUCCACCUAUCAACUUUCAGGUAACUUUAUUAAUACUGCAUAACUAGUUUUCUAUCAGUUCUAGUGAACUUUCCUAUAGAAGUCCGAUAAGAGCACCUUUAGUUCUAUCAGCUGUAAAUUGUUCUUCAAGGAUGUGCUGGGUCCAGAUAUCCGGCAGCAUGUAUAAACAUCCGAUGUUUGUGAUGUUACUCUGAGUGUAUAUCCACACCGGGCGAGCUUGAAAAAUAUGCCCGGCCACGGUGGGAAUCGAACCUACGACCUUUGGAAUACUAGCCCAAUGCUCUGCCAACUGAGCUACGCGGUCAGGUCGGUUCGAGUAUGUGAUAUUUCGGAACUGAGUCUAGUUCCUUCGAUAUCAAUGCAAUCUAAUAAUCCUCAAUUUUCUGUGUUGGUGUAAUGUACUCAGGUGAAUAUAUGUAUGAUGUUUGUGAUGUUACUCUGAGUGUAUAUCCACACCGGGCAAGCUUAAAAAUAUGCCUGACCACGGUGGGAAUCGAACCUACGACCUUUGGAAUACUAGCCCAAUGCUCUGCCAACUGAGCUACGCGGUCAGGUCGGUUCGAGUAUGAUUAUUUCGGAACUUAGUCUAGUUCUUUCAAUAUCAAUGCAAUCUAAUAUUAGAUCAGGAUGCGAAAUGUACAUGCGCGAAUCAACGCGCCAGUGUAGCACCAUGCAGCAACCAUUUAGAAGACGGCAAAUUUAAUAUAUCUCUAUAAUUUAUUGAAUGCAUGUCACGCAUUUCGACCUUAAGCUAAUGUUAUGAUAAUGUGAUGUCAAAUUUUAGGAAUGGGAUGGUCUUGUCAGAAUAGCUUUCGUAAGAAAAAAUAAAACUUUGGCUUCCUGUUUCAGGUUCGUAUUUUUAUUAUUGUGCUUUUAGGGUCCGCUGUACAGUCAGUAGAUUUUAAAAAUUACCCAGUCAUACAGAGCUCACUUGGGGUGAGCAUGCACUUAUGCUGCACAAUACGUAUAAAUUGUAUUUUGCUUUAUGAAUAUUGCUGUUGUAUAUUAUUGCAUGCUAUGGUUUUGUGCAUGUAAUUAAAACGCUCUAUUCUAUUGGCUAUCAUUAUCUUAUUCUAGUUCAAAGGCUGUAUUAGAACUGAUAGAAAAGAAUUACAGAAUUCAUUGUUCGCUGAACGAAAUAGUAAGUUUUGAGAAACAUAUUUGUAUUGUUGCAAUACUGUAUGAAAAUAUUGAGUAUCGUUAAAGAUACGUCACUUUAUCUUUACGCCUAUUUGUAAUGUUACUGUAUAAUACUUUGUGAAUGUCUGUACCUAUAUAUUUUACUAUGUUUUAGUUAUUAGACGAUCAUUUUGAUGUGAAACAGAAAAUUCAGGAAAUUUUAACCGAAAAUGAUUAUGGUAAGAAAAGAGCACGAACUAUGGAUAUAGAUGAUUUUCUUGGGUGAGUUAUUAAAUUGUAUUUAUAAUUUUUGAUUGUAAAUUUUGUAGUCAAUAUCACAUUCUCUUUACACAACCCCUUAAAAUGAAACUUCUUAGACCCUUAUUCACGGUGAGAAAAACCCAACACUGCUCUUUCAACAUAAAAUUGGCUCAAGCGGGAGUUGAACUCGCAUAUUGAACAAACUGAGCAACCUCGUCCCCAGGGCCUACGAAGGGCCUACGAUGGGCUGACGCGCCAUCAAUGAGCGAUAGCAUGCAGCAGGCCUUUAUAUUGUUUUUUUCUGGCAAACGAAUAAGACUGAGAAGAAUCUUUAAAAUCCGUCUUUGUAAAGUGACUCCCUAUGGUUUUUGCAUUAUACUAUGGCUAUAGUAUCCAGGAGACUCCUUCAUUUACAUGGCAUGAAGACACCUGUCUUUUUCGUAGAUUACUACAAGUGUUUAAUUCAAAUGGAAUUCAUUUUGCGUGAAGAGACUUUGCUGUGGGUCGGAAAGAAACCGCUGGAAAAGUGAGGUAUUGUGGCGGAUAGCAGACCUCAUAUGUUGCAAGGCAACUUGAGAUAGUUUACCUUCUAGAAUAAGUUAGCAAUGUCGAUAUAAUGAUGAUUGUAUCAUCUCUCAUUACCACGUCAACAUUGGCAGAAACCACAUGCUAAACUAAACAUGCAGAAACAAGAUAUAUUCCGAAGAAUGACAUUGUGUAAACCUAAAAUUUCCAGUCCAAACAAAUAGAUUGUAUAGUAUUUCUGACUCACUGAAAUGUGACCAUAUUCCAGUGUGUAUAUACUGGCAUAUUGAUUUAAUUAUUCUUACGAAUAUGUUUUAUUGAAUAUGUUAUGUUUUGAAUAUUAUUCUUACGAAUAUGAAAAUUGCAUUGUUAUGUGCGUGUAUAUAUAUAUAUAUAUAUAUAUAUAUAUAUAUAUAUAUAUAUAUAUAUAUAUAUAUAUAUAUAUAUAUAUAUAUAUAUAUAUAUAUAUAUAUAUAUAUAUAGCUACGCACGUUUGGGAUAUUAAAGCCCCAGUCAAAAAGGAUGAGAGUUGCCAAUCAAGAGUUGUUACAAGGGACAUUUCAAGUUCUAGAUUAACAAAAUACAAGUUUGAUGAGUGUUCCAACUAUGUGUUAACUUCAAUGACCCUCUUAUACUCUUAUGCACUCUCAUGCAUCCUCGUUUGAUCUGGGCUUAAAUCUUAAUUCCCAUCUUCAAUACGGUAGAGGGUCCAUGAGAAGAACCCUGGAUUUCAGGACCGCAAGUGGUACUUCUUAACAAAAAAAUUUAUUGUUUUAUCCACAAAAUUUCGUUGUGUAAUCGCGAGUCAAAUCAUCUUUAAAUUUAACAGGAAAUUCCAGCUUUUAGUUUAUAAGUAAGGUAUCACAUUGCUGAUUAUGCUGAAAAAAUAAAAAUGGUGGCCGUGUAAACACGGAGUGAUAGCUUAUACUUGUAAAUAUUGAAAUAUUUCGGUUGUUUCGGCAGUUUUUAUGGAAAUUUUUCAGCAUAAUCAGCAAUGUGAUACCUUACUUCCCAUCAUCCCCUACAGGCAUAAACUAAAAACUGGAAUUGCCUAUUGCCAAGGUAAUAGCAUGGUUUCGAGUGCAAUUUGGAUAUAACGUGCACGAGUGAGCACAAUUGUAGUUUUAACUAAUGCGUUUACAGCGAACAUUCCACUGGCAAAGUUUUCCUGCCUUUGUUAUAUCACAUUAUACAACACUAACAGCUUGAAAAUUCCACUCAACAGUGUAAGUUUCGUUAGUCUCGUUUAAGAUAAAGGCUUUUCCGUUUAAAAAAAAGAUAAAAGCCAUAUUUUCCAACCGAAGUCAACUUUUACUUUUUGUAGCGCGGCGCCAUGUUUGAUUGGUUGAUUUUAUCAUCACAUUGUUUUUCCACCAAUCAGAUCAGUUUGUUACAGACUGUGAUUACAGAAAAUUGCACUGUGAUUAUAAAAAAGUGCACUGUGAUUACAGAAAAUUGCACUGCUGUUUGGGAUUAACUGCACUGAAAUCAACCAAUCACAGUCGAGUUAUAUUUUUAUGUAUUUUAUUAUUCUUCUAACAGCUAAAGCCUAAACAGCUGUUCCUUGUUAUUAUUUUGACUGUUCUUUUACAGAAUAAUUUCAACACUCGGAAAAUACGUUUGCAAUUAUCAUGCAAUGGCGAAAAAAUCGGUCGUGUUUGGCCAGUUUUUAACGCAAUCCGGCAGAUACAAAAAAGGUCCCGUUCGAUAGCUAAAGGCCUAGUCUUUAUUAGCAUGGGGAAAUUUAAUCUGCAUAUAUACGCAAUAUUUAACGCCAAAUAAGGGACAGACCAUUAGAUAUUUGGGGGGGCAAUUCUGUGCACGAUUUUUUUUUUCAUCCCCCAAUUGCUUGCAAGAAUUUUUUUUCUGCAACAUUCCUUUGCACGAUACUUUUUUUGCGAUUUUUUUUUCAAUAUAGGCUUGUUGUGUACAAUAUUUUUUUUCUGGAUUUUUUCUGUGCGCGAAUUUUUUUUUGGUAUUUGCAUACAUGUAUGCAUGC